AUGAUUGUAUGUUUCUUGAGUUCCACUGUGAACACCAGUUUCUCUUCCAGGUGCUUUCCAGACUUGAAGAUGGCUUUCGCACACGGAGACUGGCCUUCGAUCGACCCGAUCACCACCUUGCCGAGCAUCCUAGAACGAAAAGGGCUACUGUAUUUCUCGGCUUUUUGCGUCAUCGUGAUAAUCAUCGUGGGACUCACCGGCAACGCGUUAACAAUCAUCGCCCUGGUGCGUUGCCCACGCGUCCGUAGUGCGACAGCUGCCUUCAUCAUCAGCUUAAGCGUGGCGGAUUUCAUCUUCUGCUGCAUCAACCUCCCCUUCUCGGCCUCCAGGUUCAUCAAUCACAGAUGGGUUCACGGUGACACAUUGUGCGUCCUCUUCCCUUUCCUCAGAUACGUUAAUGUGGGACUUUCCUUGCUUUCAAUUACAGCCAUUGCCAUCAAUCGUUAUAUCCUCAUCGUGCAUCCUUCACUUUAUGCAAAGGUGUACAGAAAACGUUACAUUGCUGCCAUGGUAGUAUUCAUCUGGUGCUUCGCAACAGCGAUGAUUCUUCCUACACUAUUGGGCAAAUGGGGCCGCUUCGGCUAUGACCCAGCCAUCCUCAACUGUUCCAUCCUAGAAACAGACGGCCAGUCUUCGAAGACAUUUCUCUUCGUCUUUGGAUUCGUAGUGCCUUGUCUUGCUAUUGCGAUAUGUUAUGCUCGAAUAUUUUGGGUGGUUCGUAGAAGUCGUACUCGUGUCCAAAAGCAUUCCUCUACAGAGACUAGUGCUCAGAGGAAGGACAGGGAAGCUAAACGAAGAAAGGAAGAAUGGCGGGUCACUAGGAUGGUGCUGAUCAUCUUCUGCUCCUUCCUGCUUUGCUACUUACCAAUAACUAUAGUAAAAGUUUCCGAUCAAGACGUACAGAGACCAGAACUGCACAUCGUGGGUUACCUGCUGAUUUAUUUGAGUGCUUGCAUCAAUCCCGUUAUAUAUGGAAUUACUAACAAGCAAUAUCGCCAAGCAUAUAAAACUGUUCUCCUGUGCAGAAGGCCACGUGCUCUUAGUUUCAGUGGUGGCAGCCCGCCCCAACAACAGCAUGACGAUUCAACUGGUGUGCGUACUACUAUCUCUCUCGUCACCUCUAUGCCUAGUAUGUCUGUAGGACCGGAUUCAGUGUUCGUCGAAGAGAAAAGUGUUUAGUUUAUAUCAGGAGUAGAACAGUUCCUGAGGAUGCUGGAUUUCACAAUGUGGAAUCCUUUUUUUUUUUACAAAUUGGAUCUUCAUAUUUCAUAAGGCUGGGAAUGGAAUUCCAUUGAACUGCAAUUCGAAAAGGCAGAGUAUAUUGCCUUUCGACUUCUUUAGAAGCUUUCCUGAUGCGAAAAAAAAGACAUUUUUUAAUGGAAUCUAUGGGUUUUCAUUUGUUGACGUUUUAGAAACUUCAUAUAAGAAUCCGAGUAAUGUGGAAAGAUAUUUUUUACAACUUCAGUCACGAAACACGACUGUUUUUUCCAUUUCAUAAGAGACUGAGAGGUUCAUAAAAAACUGAGAUGAAUCUUCUGCGUUUAUCGGUUUGACUUAUUUCAGUUCGUAUACUGAAUAGUUUCCUAUCAUUCAAGGGAAUAGUUUUCUUGGAUAAAUUGGAACUUCCACUGCAAUAAACAUUAUUUAUAAAAUUUCAGAUCUGAUUUUAGGUUAAAAAAAGGUUGAC